UGAUACGAAUGGCAUUAACUUGCAAGAAACGGUUUUCGAUGAAAUGCAGCCUAUAUAAAUAUACAUUCGAAUGUCGAGCUCCUCAGUUUGAACCGCUCGGAUGGAGAUCCCACCUGGAUUCAUAUUCCUCGCUCAGAUCAUCCCUCGGGUUGUGCUCCCACCUGCUAUAGCCUUUGGGGCCAGCAAUUUGCUUAUUGGCAAUGCGAUUCCGCGCUGGCUGAGGAUUACGGCUUGUCUCCUGGUGCCUCCUGCAGUCGUCUAUCUUAAGGUCCUCGUCGUCCGGUACUCUAACCAUCGCCAAGCGAAGAAGAGAGGCGCUGUUCUUCCUCCCAUAGUACACAACCGCUGGCCUGCUGGCAUAGACCGACUUGUAGAGCUCCUUGACAAUAUCAAACAUGGUUAUAUGGGCGAGCCACACGAGAAGCUUUGUCAAGAAUAUGGGCACACCCUCCGUCUCAGAAUGUUGUUUGAGGAUAAGAUACUCACAGCAGAGCCGGAACAUGUCAAAGCAGUCUUAUCAACCCAAUUCAACUCUUUCCAGAAGGGGGCUGUAUCCUUCGACCAAUUUGAGUCCUUGCUGGGCUCGGGGGUCUUCAACUCUGACGGUGACGUGUGGAAAUUUCACCGCUCCAUGACUCGUCCUUUCUUCAGCAAGGAUCGUGUCAGCGACUUUGACAUUUUUGAGAAUCACGCAGACGACGCUAUUAGUCAAAUCAAAACCCGGUUGAGGGAGGGAUAUCCCGUGGACUUCCAGGACAUGAUAUCCAGAUUCACCAUGGACUCUGCGACUGAAUUUCUGCUUGGAAAAGAUGUAUGUUCUCUUUCCGCAGGCCUGGUCUAUCCACCGUCGUCGCCCCUCUCCAAGGAUCCGGCUGUCCUUCAUCAUCCAGCAAAUCAAUUCGCCCACGCGUUUCAUGAAGCUCAGGUUUUCACUUCACCUCGUAGUACCGUCGGCCCGUUUUGGAGGAUGUCAGAAUUCUGGGGGGACAAAGUCAAGAAACAUAUGAAAGUCUGCCACAGCUUCGUCGACCCUAUCCUGACGGAGGCACUGGAAAAGAAGAAGGCGUUGGGCAAUACUAAAUCUUUGACUGGUAGCUCCCAGGACAAGGACGUACAGGAGGGUCACACUCUGCUUGACCAUCUAGUCAGUUGCUCGGAAGAUCCUGUUAUAAUCAGAGACGAAACCAUAAAUAUCCUGCUUGCAGGCCGUGACACAACCGCAACAACCUUGACUUUUCUCGUUUACUUGCUAUCUCAACAUCCCCAAGUGAUGGACCGUCUUCGACAGGAGAUCCUGAGCACAAUCGGACCCUCAAGGAGACCUACGCAUGAAGAUAUGCGCUCCUUGAGGUAUAUGAGAGCGGUGAUUAAUGAAACGCUUCGCUUAUAUCCACCUGUUCCUUUCAACUUUAAGACAAGCUGUGAAGCAACAGUGUUGCCCGCUGUCAACGGCGGUAGCCCUAUGUUUGUUCCGGCCGAUACUCUGGUCAUAUAUUCUGUGUUUGUGAUGCAUCGCAGGAAGGACCUUUGGGGGCCUGAUGCUCUUGAAUUUGAUCCUGAUCGGUUCCUGGAUGAACGACUCCAGAAGUAUCUCAGUCCCAACCCAUUCAUUUUUCUUCCUUUCAAUGCUGGUCCUAGAAUAUGCCCUGGUCAACAGUUUGCAUACCACGAGAUGUCUUUCUUCCUUGUUCGGUUGCUUCAGAGCUUCUCGUCAGUAUCACUGGAUAUGAAAAUGCAAACCCUUCCACCGACGGAAUGGGCCAAUGCUCCUGGACGGAAGGGUGUAGACAAGGUUGUCUUCAAGUCCCACCUUACAACUUAUGUUCAGGGUGGCUUGUGGGUGACAAUGGAAGAAGGUACACUUGCAUAAGGAAACGUGUGGGCAACGCCAACAUACCAAAGUAGUCCAUGCACUUUGUGUUGGAAUUGGGCAAGUGCACAGCGCCUACAGAGAACAACUUGAAUCCGUUCUUUGUUGUAUUCGAAUUUUCAGCGAUUCUUGCGACCACAAGUCCCAAAUACAGCUGUCGUGUCUUGUAUUUCUGUACGAAGAAUGUUCAUUAUGUGUUGUAUUUAUGCACUCGUUGAGUCAAACGCGUACGAUAGCGCUUGCAACAACUGAGCGAGUCGACUGACAUCACUAGUGGGGUCCGACAUUCUAGUAGGCGAGUGUAGCUGAUCAACAAU